CGCCUACCUGUCUGGCGUGCUUUGUAUUUAUUGAGCUGGGAACGCCCGCCCCUGCAAGUGCCUGGGUCCUGAUCUCUUGUCCCCCACGCCUCUCCGAUUGCCGAGAUUGAACUUUUCCGCCGGUUUUUCGCACUUUGCUGCCAUCUCCUCUACCAUGCCCAAGGAGAACAGGAAGCGCGGCCGCCGCGAGGAGCAGAAGAAGCGGAAGCGCGACCACGGCGACCACGAGUCCACCUCCAAACGACAUAAAAAGGCUGCCGACAGCGUCGAGGAGCUGCCCAUCGAGGGAGUCUCGUACCAGGAUGAAGCUAUCGAUGGCGUCACGCGCCCUGGCGACAUGCCGUUCUAUGGCAUGCUGGACGACGACCAGCAGGAAUACUUCAAGCGCGCCGACGAGAUGCUGGAGCUGAAUCAGUUUGGGGAGCCGGAGGAACGCUCGCUGUUUUUAGAGAGCGUCUACCGGGAGGCCGACGGCAAUGAAUUGAAGAUUGCAAGCAGCCAGUCGUGCUCUAGACUGAUGGAGCGACUCAUCCUGCUUUCCACGCCAGAGCAACUAAAAUUACUGUUCCAGAAAUUCAGUGGGCAAUUUCUCUAUCUCGUCCAGCACCGGUUUGCCUCCCAUUGCUGUGAAGCACUCUUCAUCCAAGCCGCACCAAUCGUCACCCAAGAACUUGCGAACCCCGAACUCGCACAAUCCCCACCAGGAUCCGAUCCCAAUGGUGUAAUUAUCUCCAUGGAGAACCUCUUCCUGUACACUCUGGCCGAGCUAGAAGGGUUCCUUGGAUUUCUAAUGACAGACCGCUUUGCUUCUCAUGUUCUACGAGUGCUCGUGGUAGUUCUUGCUGGCGUCCCUCUCCCUAAGCAGAACAACAGGUCUGUUCUACAAAGCAAGAGAAAAGAAAAGAUCGGUGUCGCUGGCGCGGAUAGGGCACAGGAAUGGUCUCUCGAGGAACGAUCUGUCCCUCAGUCAUUUCUGGAUGCCCUGGAAAGAAUAAUCAACGAAAGCGUCUCGAAUCUAGAUUCCACCUACCUGCGGUUGCUGGCUACCCACCCUACCGGUAACCCUACUCUUCAACUACUACUUCAGCUUGAGCUAUCUAAGUUUGGCAAGUCGAGGGCCAAGGACGAAAACUCCAUCAUUCAUAGACUCCUGCCAGACGACCCAAUUGCCGAGGGCACAGAGAGUGCAGCUUUCAUCAAUGGUCUAGUGUAUGAUGCAAUUGGUUCGCGACUUCUUGAAACCAUUGUUCAGCAUGCGCCAGGGAAAAUGUUCAAAGCAAUUUACGGAGAGUUCUUCAGAGAUCGGAUGGGCAGUUUGGCACGGAAUGAAAUCGCCGGUUAUGUGGCGGGAAAGAUUGUGGAGAGAUUAGGUAAGGACGAUCUAGAAGAGGCCGUGCGUCAAAUCGUCGAACAAAUACCUGGCCUAGUGGAACGGAACAGAACUGCUAUCCUCAAGACUUUGAUCGAGCGGUGCGCAGUCCGACAGGUGGACACAACCCCCAUCAAGGCCCAACUUGAAUCAGCCUACAGAGGCUCCAAUGGAUUUGAAGUCACUCGAGUUCUCAAGCUCGUCGAAGCGCCUUCAGAUGAUGGUGGUAAGUCAGACCAGAGGCAAAAUCAAUCACCUCCAGACAAGGUCCAUGGUUCUCUCCUCGCCCAGGCUAUGAUGUCGGUGGGAGGACCUUUGGGCAAUCUAAUAUUCGACUCGUUGGCGAGACUGGGAACGCACUUGUCUCUCAAGAUCGCACGAGAUCCUACAGCAUCACGCACACUGCAAGCGGCGUUAACUUCGCCCAACGCAUCCGUCAUAUUCCGGCGAAAAGUGAUUCAGCAAUUCUACGGUCAUAUUGGCGAACUUGCUCUGGAUCCGGCUGGCUCUCAUGUCAUCGACGCGGUUUGGCAAGGCACGCAUGGCCUAGCUUUUAUCCGGGAGAGAAUCGCAGAGGAACUCGCGGAGAAUGAGGCUGCGUUACGGGAAUCUUUCGUGGGAAGGGCAGUCUGGCGGAACUGGCGCAUGGAUUUAUAUAAAAGAAGGAGAGCAGAUUGGGUCAAGCAGUCCCGAUAUACCGCCGGAAACGAGGGGUUUCAGUCCUUUCCUGAGAGCAACGGCGACUUGCCAAACUUCCCCAAAAUUGGUAAACACCUUACAGCAAUCGAGCUUGCGCGCCAGAAGCACGCUGCAGCAAAAGUAGUGCAAGCUAGGGACCAAGCAAAAAAGGCGAAGAGUACCGUUAGCAUUAUGGCCACGAACGGCACAUUAUACGCGAAUAAUGGAGGAGAAGCUCCUCUUAAUAGAGCGGAUGAAGUCAAAGAACUACUCGACGCCGUUCAAGAACUCAUCAUUCCCUUCAUACGCUCUGCUGAGGAUGCGACUUCCAAGCAUGAAGGCCAUGGCCUUUCCAUCUCAGGUGGCCGACCCAGAACCACACUUGUCGAGCACCAUCCGCCAAAGAAGCUUGAAACUCUCCUCAAUCUGGAGAUUCCCGAGCAGAGCGGUGGGAAAGAGGGUUUAGUUAAAUUGGUGAGGAAAGUUUUGCAGUAUUCUGUGAAUACUUGGGAUCAAGGGUUUCUGGACAAACUGUAUGCGAGUACGAAUGCGGUCGGCCUAAUUUCUGAACUUCUCCUUGCUGUGCUGAACACAAAUGCACACGUCUACCAAGUCUCCCCUGUCCUAACACUGAUCGAGAAACACACGACCCGCUUCCUCGCGCGCCUUUUUGGCUAUACAUCUGAACACGCGGGCGGUAUAUCGCAACCUGGCGGCAGCGCCUCAAACUCGACCGCUAUCGUCAUAGCUCGCAACACGCUGUACCCAGAGACGAAAAAGGAUGGCAUGGGAGGUCGACGCUUCACGCUCUUCACCUCCGCCCACGGUCACUACUCUAUGGAAAAAGCAGCGCAGAUGUUCGGCCUCGGAUCUUCGGCCGUGAUACCCGUACCUGUCGACAGCGCUGGCACAAUGCUACCGUCCGAACUCGACCGACUAGUCCGAGAAUCCAAAGGCAGGGGCGAUGUCCCCUUCUUCGUCAACGCCACUGCUGGCACCACCGUUCUCGGUUCCUUUGACCCUCUCCCUCCAAUCUCCGCCAUCUGCAAAUCCCACAACCUGUGGCUACACAUUGACGGCUCUUGGGGCGGUUCCGUAAUCUUCAACACUGCGCUCUCUUCUUCCUCCUUACGCCUCAAAGGCGCAGACCUUGCCGACAGCAUCGCCAUAACACCGCAUAAAAUGCUCGGCGUGCCAAUGACAUGUUCGUUUCUGCUCGGCCGUGACUUACGUCAGUUCUGGAAGGCUAUGACUUUGCCCGCAGGAUACCUGUUUCAUAACGCAUCAGAUUCAGCGGCGGAGAUUUAUGAUCUUGCGGAGUUGACGCCGCAGUGUGGCAGGCGCGCGGAUAGCCUGAAGCUCUUUCUCGCGCUGAAUUAUUACGGAUUAGAUCAUUUUUCGGCCUUGAUUCAGCGCGGGUUUGACUCUGCAGGGUACCUCCUUUCCCUACUUAAAAAUCGUCCAGAUUUCGUGGUGGUGAGCCCGGAGCCGUUGCCUUGUUUGCAAGUAUGCUUCCACUACGCAACACGGGGGAACUUGGAUGAAAGUCCGGAGAAGAAUUCAGAAAUUACUGCGGCGAUUGCGAAUAGAUUGGUUAGUCGGGGAUUCAUGAUUGAUUUCGCACCUGGGGAGAAGGGGAAGUUUUUCAGGGUUGUUGUGAAUGGGAAUACGAGAAGAGGGACGCUAGAUGGAUUAGUGAAAGGUAUUGAGGAGUCGGCGAAGGAGUUGGGGUAUUGAGUUAGAGCUCACAGUCGCGUUGAAAUAUGCGCAUGUUAGAAAUGGUAGGGUCAGAUUUGACGUAAAAGGAAAAAUACCGGUUCAUUUGUAGUGCUCUGUUGUUAGCG